CAAUAUCGUGCAAAGAGUGUUGGAGAUGAGUGCUGAGAUUGCUACGAAGGAGGAGAUUACUGCUCCACCAAAGGAUCAGGAGGAGCUUGAGCUGGAGAAGCUGGUGUUUGGUGAUGUUGAAGGGUUUGAGUCUGCGUUGAAGAGCAUCGAGACAUUAUACGACGAUGAGAGUGGUGACGAUGAAGUGUCCAGUGGGGCAUCCGAUGAGGAGGCCAAUGAGCUGGAGGGCAUCAACGAUGACCAAUUGUUCUUCGUGGACGAGGGUGACGACGAUGAGAAGAUGGAUGUUGAUGGUGGUGAUGGUGAAUCGCACGAGGAGUCCGAUGAGGAAGAGUCCGAUGACAGCGACGCGUGGGUUGAUGAAGAGGACAACCAGGUCAGUAUCUCGCUGCUACAGUCGGAUAAGCUGAAGAAGCUGAGAAAGAAAGAGACGGAUACCUCCAUCUCCGGAAGAAAAUAUAUCCUGAGGCUGAGAUCUCAAUUUGAGAAGAUCUAUCCCCGUCCACAAUGGGCAGAUACUGAGGACAGUGAAGAGGAGGAGGAUGAGGAACUCGACGAUGCUGAAGAAGAAGGUUCAGAUGACACAAUAGAGGGAGACGUUAGGGCAUUGGCAAAGAUCUUGCAAAAGACUACUAAAAUCACUGCUAAUACCUCAAGGUUGAUUCCGCAGACAAAAUUGGACAUUGUCCGUGUGCGUGAUGUUAACCAUUCACACGCCUCUCACUCUGCAAUUCAAACGAUGUCGUUCCACCCAACACAUCCAUUGUUAUUGACAGGUGGUUAUGAUCGUACCGUGAGAUUAUACCAUGUUGACGGUAAGCAGAACCCGGUGGUUUCCACAAUCCACCUGCGUAAUACGCCAAUCCAAACGGCCCAGUUCAGCCCAGAUCCUAACAGUAGUAAGGUGUUUGCAGGUGGUAGAAGACGGUAUAUGUACUCCUGGGACUUGGUCACAGGCUCUGUUGAAAAGAUCAGUAGGCUAUACGGCCACGAGUCUACUCAGAGAUCUUUCGAAAACUUCAAGGUAUCACCAGGUGGUUCAUACAUCGCAUUACAAGGUAACUCCGGCUGGAUCAACAUUCUGAGCUCAAGAACCUCGCAAUGGCUACAGGGUUUCAAGAUUGAAGGCACGAUUGUGGACUUUGAUUGGUCAGGCGAUGAAAACGUGGUGUUUGGUAUCAAUUCCGUCGGUGAUGUUUGGGAAUUCAGCAUGGAAAAGGGUAAAGUCCAACGUAGAUGGAAAGAUGAAACCGGUGUUGGCAUCACAAAGAUUAGGGUCGGUGGUAAGAACUCACGCUGGUGUGCCAUUGGCUCCCAGAGUGGUAUCGUCACUGUGUACGAUCGUCUGUCCAGCUCUACCAAGCCAAUAGGAACUUUGGAGCAACUGGUUACAUCCAUUUCAAGCUUAGAAUUCAACCACGAUGGACAAAUACUGUGUAUUGCCAGCAGAGGGAAGAAGGAUUCGUUAAGAUUGGUUCAUCUGCCAAGCUGUAAAGUGUUCCAGAACUGGCCAAACAGUGGAACACCACUGGGUAAAGUUACCAGUGUCAAAUUCAGUCCAAACUCAGAGAUGCUGGCGAUUGGUAACGAAGCUGGUAAGGCAAGACUUUGGAGAUUGAACCACUACUAAUGCUACUCAGUAAUAGAAGUGUCGUAUUAAAUAGAAUGCUCAUUAUCGUAGGAUUUUCCUGGACGUGGACUGGUGUUCAUCAGAGGAGUAUUGUCGUUGAGAUAU